AUAUAUUUAUAUUAGCUUGUUUUUUUUUAUUUUCUUAAUUUUCAAUAUCUAUUAUUAAAAUGAAGGAUAAUUAAAUUUAAUCAGUAGAAUAAUUAUUCAGGAGGCAGCUUUUGACAGUUGACCAGACGGCGCGGUGUCAGUUGAUAUCUGUUGCAUUUCUCAACGCUGGUCAUGAUGAACCAAUCACAGCCGUUUGUGGUUACUGGAAAAGGGAUUUUAAUUAAUCAUUUCGUUGAUAUGACUGCUGGCCAAUUUUCUUUUGUAUAAGAGCCAUAUUCAUUUAUUUAAUCAAUUAUAAUUUUAAUUGGACAAGUGAAUCAGUAGACCAGACAUCAUCCUUGAAAUCUGAAUGCGCUUCAAUGUGGGGUUUGGUUAUGUGAGCCGCCGAGCGCCACCUGACGGACGUUUCUGUCAGGAAACUGUUAUUAUCCAGCGACAUUUACCGCCCACUUGAUUCUUCUGAUGUUAGACAUGCACCUGACAGAUGUUCGCUUAUAAUUCCUAUCGACGGAACAUUAUUUCCCCACAUCUAUUCCCCUUUAAAUCGAGCGAACUUCCCUGUUCAGUGAGCUCGUCUGCAGCUCGGCAGUUCAAAGGCUGAUAUGACUGUGCUUUGAUCGGCCUUUACUGGACAUUCUCGCAUUACACGGACAUUUAAAGGAUGGAUUUGGACGUGUUGAACAUGUUCAUCAUUGCCGGAGGGACGCUGGCGAUCCCCAUACUGGCUUUCGUUGCCUCGUUCCUGCUCUGGCCUGCAGCUCUCAUUAAAGUUUAUCACUGGUAUUGGCGCAGGAGGCUGGGAAUGCAGGUGGAUUAUGUCGAAUAUGAAGGAUAUCGCUUCUGUUUCUCUCACAGAGGGAAUCCAGGCGCACGUCCGUCUGUCCUCAUGUUACACGGAUUCUCUGCACACAAGGACAUGUGGCUCGGUGUGGUCAAGUUUCUCCCUCGAAAUUUGCAUUUGGUGUGUGUGGACAUGCCGGGACAUGAAGGUACGACACGCACCGGUGCUGAGGAUUAUUCCAUAGAGGGCCAAGUCAACCGGAUACAUCAGUUUGUGAAGAGCUCCGGCUUGAAGAAAAGGCCUUUCCAUUUGAUCGGCACGUCUAUGGGUGGAAACGUAGCAGGAGUUUAUGCUGCCCGUCACCCGACUGAUCUCUGCGGCGUCACUCUCAUCUGUCCAGCAGGGCUUCAGUAUCCCACUGAAAGUAAGUUUGUUGAGCGUUUGAGGGAACUGGAGAAGAGCCAGGACAGUGACGGGAUCCCGCUGAUUCCCUCUACACCGGAGGAGAUGGAGGAGAUGCUCAGACUGUGUUCCUUCGUGCGCUUUAAGAUUCCUAAACAGAUUCUUCAAGGUCUGGUUGACGUUCGCAUCCCAAACAAUGACUUCUACCGAGAGUGUUUUAUGGAGCUUGUUGGAGAAAAAUCCAGACACUCUUUACAUGAGAACAUGCACCUCAUCUCAACUCCUCUGCAAGUCAUUUGGGGAAAAAACGACCAGGUGUUGGACGUGUCCGGGGCUUCAGUUCUGUCCGAAGCCGUCCCAGGAUCCCAGGUUCAUUUGCUAGACAACUGUGGUCAUUCUGUGGUGAUGGAGCGGCCGAGGAAAUCUGCCCAGCUCAUCCUGGACUUUAUCAUCGCACAGCAGAACGCAGGAAUCAACAGCAACAAGAAACGCUCCUAAAACCGGACUCCCUUUAAUACGUGGCGUACUGGUGGGUCAAAGGUUAAGGAUCUCAGCUACAAACAUAAAGGUGUUGAAGCACAAACUGGACCACACUUCAUACAGAUGCUUUGGAUGAGAGGCUCUUUUAGAAGUAACUAUGUGUGUAAAUAAGCAGUAAAAGUUAUUUUUGUAGUGAACGCUCAGGGACGCUCAGAGUUGAAAAGCACUUCAGAAUCUAUGCAGAUAUAGAUCAGUGUCCUGCAGACAAAAUCCAUUUCUAUUAUACUUAGAUUACAGCAAAAACGCUUGUUGAUUUUUCCUAUUUAUAUCCUGAUAAUUUUCCUUAUGUUUGAACAGAUCAGCUUUUCUGGACAUCAUAGGCACUUCCCUGAACUAAUCAAGGUCAGGGUUACUUUAUUGUCCCCGAAGGGCAAUUAUUUGUACAGCCAGCAGAAAAAAAAACAAGGCACAACACACAACAUUACCACAAGGUACAAAAACACACAUAGUCUCAAAAAAUACAUAGAAAAAUACACUGUAAAACCUGUUGAGUUAGUUCAACUCAAAUCAUUUAAGUUUAUUAUUUCAAACAAUUUAAGCAUAAAAAAAAAUAUUUUGAUUGGUUUCCAAGUAACUCAAUAACUUAUAGUUAAGAUAACUUGGGUAAAUAAAGUUAAUAGUACUAAUUAGUAACUAUAACUUAAAUCUAUGAAGUACACUGUAAACCCGAAUAAGUUGGCAGAACUCAAAUCACUUUUAAUAGUAUAAACUUAGUUAGCUUUAAAAGCUAAUCUGCUGACAUAGUAAAUGCAAACAUAUUCGAAACAGUAUGUUAUAAGCACUGUAUGAGCGUAAUAAUAUAAAGGGAUAAUUUGCUCUCAAAUCAAGCUGAAUGCACCACUUGUCACCAUCCUAAAGCCAACAUUAACAGAAAUUCUUCUAAAUUAGCAUAACAAAACAUUAGUCACUACUAAAUCUCACACUUAACAUUAAUCUUACACAAAAAAAACAUUAUAUUGCACUUAAUUUUAGCAUUUUCACUCUCUUUUGAGUGCCAUCGGCAAAGCAUGCUGGGAAACAGUAUCCCAGCCAUUUCAGCCAUUAAACUUAAAUUUUUGUCUAAAUUAAAAUAAAUAAUUUCAUAAAACUCAAAACAAUGAAACAGUUCAGUUUACAAAUAUAUCAGUUCUGUGAACUUGAAAGAAAAAGAAAGUGCUAAAUACUCAUAAAAAUUAAUUUGACUGAACUAAUUCGUCGAAUUUAAGUUUGUCCUACUCAAACCAAUUAAUAAUUUUGACCGUUAGGGUUUACAGUGUAAAUAAAUUAACUAAAAGUACGUUAAAACAGUUCUGGUAAUUUAUUUAAUAUAGAAUGUCUGUGUUUAUAUCCUUUUAAAUCGAGACACAGCCUAUACGUCGAUCCCUUUAGUCAUUUACCACGUUUUUUGAGUCAUCACAUGACAAUUACAUCACUUUCUUUCUACUAUAUAGAGUUCUUCUAGAUCAGUUCCUGCUGUUUUAACCUUGUACAUGAGACUAUCUCUUUAAAGUGUAGUAUGCAAAAAAAUAUUUGCUAAUCAUAACUUUGCUUUGGUAGUGUUUUGGUUCAUAAAUCUGUCUUAAACAUAAUUCAUAUUAUACAAAUGCGUAUAGUAUUAAUCUAUUAUUAUUGGUGUUUUUGUCAGGUUCAGUUUACAUGGAUGGAAACAUAAUGAAGUUUUUGUUUUUGUUUUAUUUUCAGUGAUCUUUGCAUUCAUUCAUUGAUAACGUAUCACAACAUUUUAUUUGAAGAAUUCUCCAAAUCACAAACAGAACAUGGUUCAUGGAUGACUGCACUUCUUUAUAAAAGACUUUUGAGUACAUUUGCGUCACAUUACGGCUUGUGGCUUCACCGAAGACAAAGUCAGAAAAGUACUUAAUAGCAGUAUCAAUAUUUUUCCAAGCUGAAAAUGAUUAUUCAGAAAAGAAAAACUUUAACUUCAAAAGUUUGAUUAAUAAAAAGGGUUUAUAUUUCCUUUACAGAAAUUGUUUCAUCUGUAUCAUUGCUUUUACCAAAGCAAAUUCAGAUUGAAUCGUUGAUUCUGUAUCAUAAGUCCAUGAUGACCUGGAUAAAGUCUUCACUGAAGACGAAAGAGAACAAGCAAUCCCAAAAAUGGACAAAAAACAAUUUUUUGGUUUGUUUUCAAAUGUUUUUUUGCUUGUAAUAUUAGGUAAAUUAUCUUUGUAGCCCUGAUAAGGACAAUAAUAAAAUCUUUAAAAAAAUGACAUGAAGAUGCAUUUAAUGUAAAAGUCAAUGUUGUCUAAUAUAGACAUCAG